AUGAAGGGUUUGCGUAUUGGGAUCGUUGCCGCUGGUCUCCUGACUGGCACACAAGCAGAUGUGCCGCUUGCAAAAGAGUUCGAGGAGUUCGUCGCCAAGUUUGAGAAGACCUACUCCACGGCGUCUGAGCGGGCAGCUCGCUUCGCCACGUUUGCCAAGAACUUCGCCCGCAUCGAGGCGCACAACGCCCAGGGUAAGUCCUUCAAGUUGGGCAUCAACGAGUUUGCAGACCUGGCGCCGGAAGAAUUCGCUACUAGUCACUUCGGCAUGAAGGAAGGAACCCGAGCCUGGUCUGGGUUGCCUUACCUUGGCAGGGACCCGUACAGCGGCGCCGCAUUGCCCUCUGCAGUGGACUGGGUGAGCAAGGGCGCCGUGACUGACCCGAAAGAUCAAGGAAAAUGUGGCUCGUGCUGGUCCUUCUCCACGACCGGAGCUUUGGAAGGUGCAUGGCAGCUCGCCACUGGCAAGCUCGUCUCCUUGAGUGAACAGCAGCUGGUGGACUGCGCUAAGAACGGCAACAUGGGCUGCCAGGGUGGUUCCAUGGAUUUGGCUUUUGAGUACUUGGAGAAGUACAAUGUCUGCACGGAGGACAGCUACCCAUACACGGCCAAGCAGGGAACCUGCAUGGAGACGAAUUGCACGGUCGCGGUGCCGAAGGGCUCCAUUGUUGGUUUCAAGGAUGUCACGCCCCAGGAUACAGACGCCCUUCUGGAAGCCGUGUCCGAGCAGCCAGUGUCUGUCGCCAUCGAAGCAGACCAGGAGGCCUUCCAGCUUUACAGCGGGGGAAUCUUGACGAAGGAGUGUGGCAAGAAGCUGGACCAUGGUGUGCUGGUGGUGGGCUACGGCACUGAGAAUGGCGUGGACUACUGGAAGGUGAAGAACUCUUGGGGAGCCCAGUGGGGAGAAGAUGGCUUUGUGCGCAUUGAGCGAGGGGUGCCCAAAGACGGCGAGUGCGGCAUCAAAGAUCAGCCGUCCUAUCCCAUCGUCCAUGCCCUGAAGAGCAUGGUUGAGUCUCCUGAGAUGAAAGUGGCCACUGCCUUCGCCAAUUUCAUGCACAAGUUUGGCAGGACCUACUCCACGGCGUCUGAGCGGGCAGCUCGCUUCGCCACGUUUGCCAAGAACUUCGCCCGCAUCGAGGCGCACAACGCCCAGGGUAAGUCCUUCAAGUUGGGCAUCAACGAGUUUGCAGACCUGGCGCCGGAAGAAUUCGCUACUAGUCACUUCGGCAUGAAGGAAGGAACCCGAGCCUGGUCUGGGUUGCCUUACCUUGGCAGGGACCCGUACAGCGGCGCCGCAUUGCCCUCUGCAGUGGACUGGGUGAGCAAGGGCGCCGUGACUGACCCGAAAGAUCAAGGAAAAUGUGGCUCGUGCUGGUCCUUCUCCACGACCGGAGCUUUGGAAGGUGCAUGGCAGCUCGCCACUGGCAAGCUCGUCUCCUUGAGUGAACAGCAGCUGGUGGACUGCGCUAAGAACGGCAACAUGGGCUGCCAGGGUGGUUCCAUGGAUUUGGCUUUUGAGUACUUGGAGAAGUACAAUGUCUGCACGGAGGACAGCUACCCAUACACGGCCAAGCAGGGAACCUGCAUGGAGACGAAUUGCACGGUCGCGGUGCCGAAGGGCUCCAUUGUUGGUUUCAAGGAUGUCACGCCCCAGGAUACAGACGCCCUUCUGGAAGCCGUGUCCGAGCAGCCAGUGUCUGUCGCCAUCGAAGCAGACCAGGAGGCCUUCCAGCUUUACAGCGGGGGAAUCUUGACGAAGGAGUGUGGCAAGAAGCUGGACCAUGGUGUGCUGGUGGUGGGCUACGGCACUGAGAAUGGCGUGGACUACUGGAAGGUGAAGAACUCUUGGGGAGCCCAGUGGGGAGAAGAUGGCUUUGUGCGAAUUGAGCGCGGGGUGCCCAAAGACGGCGAGUGCGGCAUCAAAGAUCAGCCGUCCUAUCCCAUCGUAAAGGCUAAAGAGACAGCCAUCGUUGUUUGA